AUUUUCUUAAUGCAAGAGUUUAUUGAAAUUGAACCUAAGUAAUAUUUAGAAUUCGAUGCUGAAGAAAAUAAAUUUGCACAUGCAUAAUUAUCACUUAAAAAUUUAACUUAACAAGAUGUAACAUUCAAAGUAUAAAAAUUCAAAUAUAAUAUAGAUUAAAACAACAACACCAACAUUAUUUUAAGUAAAACCAAGUUUAGGACUUAUUAACCCUAAUUAGACUUAAAUUAUUGAAAUAUCUACAAGUCAACCUAUAAAAAGUGACGCAAAAUUUGAUCCUAAAUUUUAAGUUAAUGCUAGCUUAAUUGAUUUCCAAGAUUAAGGUAAUAUUAAUAUAUAAAAUAAUUUAGAUUUGAAUCAAUUUUGGAAAAACAGAGAUUAAUCAACAAUUUAAUCAUAAUAAAUUAAAAGCAGAAUAAAACACAAUGUUUAACAAGAUGUCCAGUCUCAUUAAUAAGUUCCUGAUUCUAAAAUUUUAGAAUCAACUAUAAAUAAUUCAUAAUAAUAAGAUUCAAAAAUGUUCAAAUCUGUUAUUGAGUCAAAAACAGAAAAGGAUGAUUAAAUCAAAUUAUAUAAAGAUUAAUAUGAAAAACUUGUAAUUAUUUAUAUAAUCUAAUAAUUUAGUAAUAAGAAUAUUAAGAUUUUAGAAAGAAAAUAGAAUUAGAAACUUAAUAGGCAUAAUCUAGAAAAGGUAUUUUGUUAAUUUUACUAAUUUAUAGAAAAGAACAACAUGAGUUUUUUUUAAUUAUUGUUAGCAGUUGUAAUAGCCUUGAUUGCAGGUUAUUUAAUAGGGAAUUGA